AUGAAGCUCGAUAUCAACACUCUAUCUCGCUCUGAAGUAAACGCAGCGUUUGAUGUUUACAAUCUUCACAAUAGAAAAAAUGCCUCAGUACGCUAUAAAUUUUGCAGAAGUAAGGCAUUUUAUGCGAAUAUUUCCCGCCAACGAUCGCAUCUCAAGCAAUGCCAUCACUUCCUCAUGAACGCUCGCAAGAUGGCCCAAAAGCCUCAAAAUAAGGAUAUUCUAGUAACCCCAGCGUCAUCUAGUCAGCAAACAAUCGACUUCGCAGUGGCUUAUAAAGAGCAGAUCAACUCGCUGCUUGGAAUGAUGAUAUUCGCAGGUGCGAGGCCUUUCUCGAUCCUUGAAGACGAUUUUAUGAAGCGAUUUAUCAUUGCUCUUAAUCCCCAGUAUCCUAUCCCUUCACGCAGCAAGCUGACAGACUCAAUUCUGUCAACUUGUUAUAAAUCAACUCUGGAUCAACUAGUUGAUGUCCUGUCCAAAUCUUGCUAUAUCAAUAUAUCAGUUGAUGAAUCAACUGAUAUUUCAAGGCGUCGAGUUAUGAAUCUUUCACGGAUUGGAUUGUUGAGCAGGCUGGCAUAUUGGUUGAUGGACGAUAUGAGCGACUUAACGCCCUUACUACCGAUACGUGUUCAACAAUGA